UUUUGCUUUACUCUCUCUCUGUGGAGGCAAACCAGCUUUUCUUUUUUUACAGGGAGGCAUGUUUUGCCGUUGGCAUUAGAUUUUGGAUACUUGCUUUUUUUUAAAUUAAAUCAUUUCAAGUCUCUCUCAUCUGCUCCCUUCUCACCCCACCUUCCCAACACCACCUCCUUCUUGCAUCUCUCAGUAGCAGAAGAUGACUGCCAUGACAAUUCAAUGAGUGAAGAGGACACCGAGUGAAGCACCCACCACUUGCUGAGAACAAACGAAGGAGUGCCCAACAGAAAAAAGAAAACAAAGAUAACUAAAAAGAAACAAGACUGUGACGAAGUAGGACGGUUUCCGAUCAGAGGAAGUGGCAGUGAAACGAGGAAAGGAGAAGGGGAGAGAGAGCGAAGGAUAAACGGUGGAUGGAGGCGGUUCGGACCGGGGUUACGGAGCUCUCUUCACUAACGAAGAAGAACAGCAGCAGCAGCAACAGCAGCAGCAGCAGGGGGGACAGGAGAUGGAGACGAAAGGGAGAAGCAUGCCCCCAGACAUUAGUUUCCUUCCGCGUCCAGCAAUGGUUUGGUGCGAGAGAGGCAUUCAGGUGCUAUUGACCACCAUGGGGGCGUUCGCAGCAUUUGCCCUCAUGACUGUGGCCAUUGGCACAGAUUACUGGCUGUAUGCCCGAGCCUUCAUCUGCAACAGCACAGCCAACUCCUCUCAGGAGGACUCCUCCAACAACAAGGACAAGAAAGACCCUGGGGCUCUCACACACUCUGGCCUCUGGAGGAUUUGCUGCCUGGAAGGCUUGAAGAGAGGUGUGUGUUCCCAGAUCAAUCAUUUCCCUGACGACGCAGACUAUGACCAAGAUGCUGCAGAGUACCUGCUCCGUGUGGUUAGAGCUUCCAGUAUCUUUCCAAUUCUCAGUGCCAUAUUGCUCCUGUUAGGCGGCGUGUGUGUUGCUUCCAGCGGAUUCUACAAGAGCAAAAGGAACAUUAUUCUCGGAGGAGGGAUUCUUUUUGUAGCAGCAGGGCUUAGCAACAUCAUUGGCGUGAUAGUGUACAUCUCAGCAGCUCUCAGCGACAUUUCUCCAAAGAAAGAUGAGGAUAAAAAGUGGCACUACUCUUAUGGCUGGUCAUUCUACUUUGGUGGUCUGUCCUUUAUCCUGGCUGAGAUGGUUGGAGUCCUGGCUGUUAACAUCUACAUUGAGAAGAACAAGGAGCUGCGCUGUCGUUCUCGCACUGACCUCUUUAAGAGCACCACACAUGCCAUGCUGCGUCUACCUAGCUACCGUUUCAGGCGGCGCUCCCGCUCUAGCUCCCGUUCCACCGACCCACCUCGUUCACAGGAGACAUCUCCUGUUGGAGCUUCCAAGACCUUCACCCUUCCUCCAUCUGCUCCUCCCUUCUCCGUUGCCACUCUGCCCAACCCACACCACACCAGCAGUGGUGGGAGUGGUGGGGGUGGUGACAUCUCCAUGUACACCCUGUCAAGGGACUCCAAGCUGGGGAGCCUGGGAGGAGGUGCUCCGCCUCUCUAUGGCACAGUGGACCGGGCCACGCUCUAUCAGCUUCACAAUUACUUUCCAAAAGACUCCAGCGGUGGAGGGGCAGGGGGAGGGGCAGUGAUAAGCAGUGGUACGCUCCCAUCUCACUCAAAGUCCAACCUGGCAGCGGCGGCAGCUGCCGCCAAUGCAGCACCACUGAAUACCUCCACCUCAGUUGCUGCUCCAGCACAGUCGGCCCCGAUUUCAACAGCUACAAUGGAACGAGACAGGGGCAACGUUGGAACCCUGGACCGACUGACAGCGAAAAGGGACAGGGAUAGCAACUCCGAUACACUAAACAGGAAAACAACACCUGUUUAAAACGAAACCUCACAGAGAAAGACUAGAAGGUCCUGAAAAAGUAUAAAAAGGUAGGGCUUAAAAGGGUGGGCAACAUUCCAAUAGUAAGGGUUUUUGUCCUUGAGUCUGGGGUAUCCAGCUGCCAUAGAUACAAUAUAUAUAUAUAUAUAUAUAUAUAUAUAUAUAUAUAUAUAUAUAGAUGUUUAUCAUAAACAGUCAUAAGACACCUAAUAAUGUAAGCACAUUUAUUACAACUGCCUUAAAACCAUUAAAACAUUGUAGAACACUGCAGCCACAAUUUUAAGUCAGUUUUCUCCUGUUAACUUUGAUUUCUUUUUUUCUCUUUUACUAAAUGUAUCAUAUAAAAAUGCUGAAAAAGCCCCAUGGACAAAAUUGUACAGUUUAACUUUAAUCACCCUAGUUUAAAUCUGUUGAACUUGAAAUGAGUCUUACUCAUUUUAAUUGUUCCAUGUGGCUUUCAAAUGUUCGUAACAGUCCAAAAUCACUCAAAGAUGACCAAUAAUAGGAUGUACCAAGAUGAUGCAAGCCAAAGUUUUGUCACAUAUCGGUUUAAUGGAACAGAAUGUCACAAAUAUUGCCAUGUGAUGAGAAUUUCAGGGACCAAUUCUAGAUCCUAAGUAGCUGCUUGACCUCUGGUCCAUAGAAUAUUACCUCAUUCAUAUCUAGCCUAAUUUCACACAAAGGAGCAGUCUGAUUCACUAUAAGACCAUUCCUUUUUAAUGACGUGUUACAGACACAGUAACUGCAGGAACAACUUGGCGUUCAGUACAGUUGAAGAGAAAGGAAGAGCCAGACCUUCAGCUUCACAUUGAACAGUUGUGUACACUCUAUCACAGUGCAUAUACUGUGCCUUGCAAAAGUAUUUCUACCCUUUGAGCUUUUUCCCAAUAUUUAAUUUUACAACCACACACUUUAUUGUAUUUCAUUAGGAUUAAAUAGACCAACACAAGAUUUCACAUAUAUUUUUCAAGUUUUUUAUCCAAAUAAAAAUCUUAAAUGUAUUUGCAUUUGCAUUCAACACCCUUUACUCUGAUGCUCCUUAAUGAAAUCAAGUGCCAUUAAAUGCCAUCGGAGCUCACCUAAUUAAUGUACAGUGCUCAACAAUGUGAAAUUUAAGUGCACUGUAAAUAUAAAGACGUAUAUUUAAAUAAAUGUUAGAAUAUUUUACUGAACAUCAUGAACCCCAAUUUCAACAUCCGGCAGGUCAGGGAUAAAGUUGAACAUCUCACAGGGCCCACUUUAAUCCAUCAUCUGAAACAAAAAGAGUGUAGAGUAACUGCAACCCUACCAAGACAUGGCCAGCAGUUUUAACUGAUAGGCAAAGAACAGGUCAGGAUGCUGAAAUAGCUGCAUGGAUAACUACAAAUUUGGCCCUUUGUGAAGAUUUGUAUGAAAAAAACCUUCCUUGAACCAAAGCUAUUAGAGGUCACAUUUGCAAAAAAAUUAAAGGAAGGCCAUCUAAAUACUGUCCCCACGGCAAAACAUGGUAGUGGCAGGAUCAUGCUAUGGCAAUAUUUUUCUUUAGGAAUUAAUAGAAAGGCAAGUUGUUUGUGUUUGCAAAUACAAAGUUAAACCAAUUCCAUUCACAAUUAUACACUACUUUGUGUUGAUCCAUGACACAAAAUGUUUGUAAAAUACACUGAGAUUUGUUGUCUGUAACAAAAUGUGAAAAAAGGGGUAUGAAGACUUCUGACCCUAUGUAUAAACAAGUACCGCAACCUGAUAUUAAUGUAUUUGAGCUAUUAUUUACACAAGUGACUGUUACAAAUGUAUAUAUAUAUAUACCCAAACUGGGACAAAAUAUCAAAUAAAGAUCAAAGGCCAUAAAGAUCAAAUAAUUAUCAUUUCUUUUUUCACAUCAGAUCAUUCUUUUUCUGUGAAACAGCGUAUCCAAGAUAUUGUACAGGUGAAGUUUGGGAUGGAAUCAGUUGUGGCAAAAUGUUUUUUUUUUUUUUAAAUGUUCAGCUGAAGCUUCUCAGUUAGGGAAUGAACAUAAUUGCAGUUACUAAGUGCAGUGAAAAUUAAUUACAGAUCACAAGUGCGCAGCUGUACUUUUCUGCUCAAACUGUAAAUCAUGGUCAUGGUGUGUCAUCAGGAAGCUUCAAAGUCAAUGAAAGUUUUACAUUCAUAGAGGGAAUGUUGCACAUGUGUGAUAUUUAAUUGCUUAAAAUGUUUUAGGGCUUUUUAUGACUGUUUAUGACAAUAAUUAGACUCUAAAGGCUCAAAGGCAGCAUCUGUUGAAUGUUCUUGCUAAGGGCUGAAAGAGCAAGCUAACGGGUGGGGUUGGGAUCAAUUUACACUCAGGGGGUAAAACUUUAUUAAAAGUCAAAGGUCAAAAAUUACAACCAUGUGUUGCUCUGUAUAAAAUAUUGACUUAUUCAAAGUAUAUGUGUAAAAAUAUUAUCAAGCACAUCUUUAAAUCAGAAAAUUGCAAGAAAUAUGUCAAAUAUUGGGUGAAACACAUUUUACAAGGUGUUUUUGAGAUGGUAGUUUAAGUAGUGCAAAUCUGGGACUAUGUUUGCUAAUUUGAUUUACCAAUAAAUCAGUAUUUACACUCUUAGAUUGGUCUAAUAUCCAAACUCAUUCUGGAAAUCUGAAUGCACUUUUGACUGAACAAAUUAACCCAACAUUGCUAUUAAGAAGACAGAGAAAAAGAAUCUACGCUCAAGUUCCUCUGCCCUCUGUCUUUCUACUGCUAUAACUAUAUACUGUUUCACAAAGUAGAAUAAUAAAUGUAUUAUAAAGUAUAUUAUCAAACCAUCCACAUAUACAAAAACACAUCAUGUCUGUGAAUGGUGAACUUUUGAGUUUUGACAUCAUUAGUGACCAUGAUGAGUGACCAUCAUCUUUAAGUUACAGGAAAUUGUAACUCCUUGAGUAUUGAUAUCAUGUUUUUGGUGUUUCUAUGAUCAUACUGGCUGUUGCAGGGUAUUUAUACAUUUUAAGGUGAUUUUAUUUCAUCACUUUUAUUUCCCUAAUCCACUUUCUUUUCCCCUGCUGUUGUGUAGUCUCACAUAAAAGGAUGCAUAAAAAGAGAGAGAGGUUAGUAAGGCGACAUUUUUUUAAAUUAAAUAUUAUCUUUAUUGUUGUUUUUGCAUUUUUUUAUGCUGGGAUUGUUGAUUGAGCGUGCAUGCUCUACUUCAGCAAUGCCUGCUUUACCCUUACAUGAUGAGACUACAAACUGCCUUGUUCAUGAACAGCUAACCUGGAUCAACUCGGGGUUACGCGACGUGCUCAAGGGCACGGCAUUUUGUCUUGGAAAAGGGUUUUCUUUUUUGUUUUAUCUUCAAACCACCUAUUGUUCUAAUAAUUCUACAAUGAUACAUAGGAACAUUUUGGUACACUUUUUUCAAAAAUAUUAAACUUUUUUAACGCAUAUAUUAUUUAAAUGGAAGUGGGACACUCUUUUUGUUCUCCAAUUUGUUUCUCUUUCUAAAAUUUUGUUGGAUUAUUGUUUUUGAAUAUUAUGGUCGGCUUUGUUGUCUGUUUUUAAUUGGUUUUCAGUUUUUUCUGUUAUAUGUUUAUUAUUUUGGUUAAAAUUUUAUAUCUUUCUUUUUAUAUAUUUCUUGUCUUUCACUCAUCUUGUCAUCAUUUCCUUGUAGGAAAUGCAGUGAUGUUUUACUUUGAAAACAUAACCAACGUAGCCUAAAAAUGUGUGUUUUUUAUUGUUCUAACUAGUGUAUAUCUGUAGGUGAUAGAGUUUAUAUUAAUGUAUUUAUUUUGGUGGUGGUAUGAAUAGAUAUUCUUAAUGUUAUAUUGUUUUAGAGUUCCAACUCUUGUAUCUUGGGACUAAAAAGGUGACAUGGUCCCUGCAACAGAUAGUUGCUAACCUUAGUGCUGGCGAAGUGAGCUACCUGUGGUCUGUUUUGGUGAUGCUAAAUGUGUUCAUACAGUAAACAUUAAGUGCAACCAAGUACAUCUGUUGUUUCUAAGGGAAAAAUGUGUGUAAAUAAUGCAAUGUAGGCAUGGGCCGGUAAAAAUAUCACAGUUUCAUGGUACUGAAGUAUUUACAAAAAAAGUUAAAACAAAAUUGUAUUUUAUGACCCAAUAGCUUUUAUUCAAAGCAGAAAAGCUGGAGGUAUCACUAUUGUCGCUAAAUAAUAAAAUAAUAAGAGGGUGCUCCUUCAGUUUUAAUUUUUUUCUUUCUUGUAAGGAAGGAAAAAGAACUGAAAGCUUCUUUCAGCCAACUGAUUGCCAAAAACAGGUUGGGGAGGGACAGCUUUACUACUAUUUAUUACUUUAUGCUCUAUACAACAAGAGAAAUAUCUAGUUACUCUGGCACCUUCUCUUGCAUUAAAAUGUUUUCAAAUUAUGGAAAUAGUAUGACAUGUUUUUGUGGUUUUGAAACUGUAACAUUUUAAAACUCUAGUAUUCCUUGUUACCUGGUACCCACCCCAUGCCUACUGACAUGUGUCCUAACCUUACAUAUCUUUUGUGAAGUGUUUGUAAGAAUUUUCUCUGCCAGACAUUUUUCCUUUUAUCUUAUGUUAAUGUACAAAUGUUAAAUCCAUUCUGCCAAUGUAAAAAAACUAAGUUCCUUUCCCAGCACUUCGGCUACCGACACAAGUCCAACUUGAAACUCUUCAGAGAAAACUGAUAUGUUUCCUUUCAUCAGAUGGAUUCAAGAAGGGAUACUAAUAACAAAGGAAAGCAAUACAAUAUACAAAUCCUUACUGGAAACGACAAAAAAAUAUAAGGUAUAUAUAAAAUAUAAAUAUAUAGAUAUAUUCAAUAAAGUUCUAUGUAAUA